AUGGUUCCACCUCUUAUGUUGUUAUGCAAGUAUGGUGAUCGUACCAUUGAGUUCAAGGUUGUAUCAAACUGCACGUUGAAGGAUUUAACUGAUUUCUUAAGUUGUAAAUUGAAGAAGUUUGACAAUAGUGGUUGCAUACUGUUAUCGUACUGUUUGCCUGGACAUUCGCAAUGCAUGAUUGAUGAUGAUUCUGAUUUUCAGAAUAUGUUGUCGCUUGUUUAUCCCCUUGGUGUUGACCGGGUUGAUGUGACUAUUACUGAAAUGGGCAUUUCAAAUGAAAAACAUGGAGUUGGAGAAUCAUGGGACGCUACUGGAUCCAACAUUACUGAUGAUGAAAUGGAUUUACUCUCUAUGUUUUGUCAACAUGAAGAAAGGACUUUGUUGUCUUCUGGAUGGGUGAAUGGAAUUACUCAUGUAGGUCAAAGAUUUAUUGGAGGUGCAAAGGAUUUUCGGACUGCAUUAUGUAAAUAUGCCAUUGAGAUAGGACUUGAGUUUGUGUAUGUGAAGAAUGAGAAGUGUCGGGUCACUGCUGUGUGUUCAAUGCGGGAGUCGAAAGCUUGUUUAUGGCGAGUAUAUGCAUCUCUGGAAAGUGCUAAUAAUUUUUUCUACAUUAGGACUCUACAUGAUGAGCAUACUUGUGGAGCUGCAAUUCGUACUUCUAAAAACUCAAGGAUGAGUUCAAAUUUGGUUGCAAGUUUGAUUGUUAAUGAAGUUCGUGGGAAUUCCCAAACUCGUCCAAUUGAUGUUGUGCGUCAAUUUACAGAUCAAUACGGGCUCACCAUUACGUACAAUCACGCUUGGUUGGGAGUUGAGAAAGCUAAGACUACUACUUUUGGAGAUUUCUCUAUGUCUUAUGAUGAGAUUCGAUGGGUUAGGCAUUGUCGUCCUCUAUUGUUUAUCGAUGGAACUUUUCUGAAGGGGAAAUAUAAGGGCACCUUGUUAACAGCUACAGCGAAGGAUGGGGAUCAAGGUUUUUUCCCGCUUGCAAUGGCAAUUGUCGAAACAGAGACUACAGACAGUUGGGAAUGGUUUUUUAUGCAUUUGUCGAAUAUAUUGUUGGAUGAAAGACCAAUUACCUUCAUAUCUGAUCGGAACGCUGGACUUUUGGAGGCUUUACCCAAGGUUUUACCUACUGCUUACCACUAUUUUUGUCUCCAACACUUGAAGGCCAAUUUGAGGGAUAGGUUCUCUGGUCCAAGUUUCAGCAAUACUUUCAGGAGUAGAAUAGUUUUUUUGUUUUCUUUGUGUGCUUACGCUCCGACAGUGGGAUGUUUUUAUCAGUGCUUGAAAGAAUUACAAGAUGAAGGAAAAUGGAUCGUUUGUGGGUUUCUAUCCAAUUUGCCCUAUGACAAGUGGACUAAUGCAUAUUUUAAAGGACAAAAAUACGGUGAAAUGCACUCGAAUGUGGCAGAGUCUUUCAAUUCAUGGAUCCGUCAAGCUUGCCAUUUGCCCACUACAAAGAUGAUUGAUUCAAUUAGGUUGAAGAUCAUGGAUUUGAUGUCGAGAAUGAGAGAGCAAGCUAAGAAAUGGAAUACUUUUCUUUGUCUGGAGAUGGAUUCAACAUUAGUAAAUGCUCUUAAAAGUGGAAGAACUUGGUUGGUUAGUCGUUCAAGUGAUCACGUUUUUGAGGUUCAAUCCCGGCCAUCGGUUAGCGUUGACCUCUUGAAUAGAACUUGCUCAUGUUACCAAUGGCAAUUAAAUGGAUUUCUUUGUGCUCACGCGGAAACCGCUAUCCAAAAGAGCGGAGGUGAUUUGUAUGCACAUGUGGAACCAUUUUAUUACACUAGCAAGUUCAAAGAUUGCUAUGCUGAGUCCAUUUAUCCAAUACCCACUGUUGAGAAACCUCUUGUAGCUAUGGAUGAUCAGAAGUAA